GCGGUGCGUUGGCUCCUUGUUUAGCCUCCCGGGGAGGAGGAGUCUCUCGUCCCCGGCUGACUGCGGUUCCCGUCCCCAGGGGCGCGCGGGGCCGGGGUGCGAGGGCCCGUGUCUCUUCAGUCAGGGUUCGCCCCGACACCCCGCGGACGGAGGGCCCCGCCGUCAGGACCCGGUGACCGUGCCCUGCUUGAUGGUCAUCGUCCUCCAGAACAGGGAUGGAGGAAAUAUCGGCCCAGGAAGCAGCAGGAUCUCCAAGGGUCCAGUUUCAGCCUUUGGAGACCCACUCUGAGGGUCUGUCCCGAGAGCCUCAGUUCGUGCAGGACACCGACAUGGAACAGGGACUCACUGGGGGAUUUCCAAUUUCCAAGCCUGAUGGGAUCUCCCAGCUGGAACAAGAUCUACAGGUCUUUGAUCUGGAAACUAAGAAUAGAGAAGUCUUAAGAGAUGACUGCUCAGAUGGAGAGACCAGAGAAGAAAACAAGCUGUUGAUUCCUAAGCAGAAAAUUCCAGAAGAAGUACAUUCAUACAAAGUGAGAGUAGGAAGACUCAAAAAGGAUAUUGCCCAAGUUCCUGAGACUAGAGAAGUGUAUAAGACUGAGGACAGAUUAGAAAGGCUUCAGGAAAUCCUAAGGAAAUUUCUCUUCCUGGAGAGAGAGUUUAGGCAAAUAACAAUCAGUAAGAAAACCUUCACCAGUGAGAAGAACAGUGAAUGUAAUGAACCUGAAAAAAGCUUCAGUCUGGACUCAACUCUUGAUGCAGAUCAGAGAGUUCUUAGAAUACAGAAUGUUGAUGACAUUGAUAAGUAUGACAUGAGCCUCAACCAGAAUUCAGCUGGUAAACAUGAGCAAAUAAAUCUAACACAGGAUUUUCAGAGUAAUGAGUAUAAGGAAAGUUUAAUGGAACUCUCCCACCUUAAUAAAUGGGAGAGCAUUCCUGCCACUGAGAAAUCCUAUAAAUGUGAUGCAUGUGAGAAAAUCUUCCAUCAGAACUCAGCCCUUUCUAGACAUCAGAGAAUUCAUACUAGGGAGAAACCCUACAAAUGUAAAGAAUGUGAAAAAUCUUUCAGUCAGAGUUCAAGUCUUAGUCGACAUAAAAGAAUACACGCUAGAGAGAAACCCUAUAAAUGUGAAGCAUCUGAUAAAUCCUGUGAGGCGUCUGACAAAUCCUGUAGUCAGAGCUCAGACAUAAUUCAGCAUAAGAGGAUUCACACUAGAGCAAAAUCUUAUAAAUGUAGCAGUUGUGAAAGAGUCUUCAGUCGUAGUGUACACCUCACUCAACAUCAGAGAGUUCACAGAGAGAUGCCUUGUAAGUGUACUGUGUGUGGCAGUGACUUCUGUCAUACCUCACACUUAGCUGAACAUCAGAAGGUCCAUUGUGAAGAGAAGUCCUAUGAAUACAACGAAUGUGGGUUGACCUUUAUUAAGCAUCAAGGAAUUCGUCUCAGAGAAAAGCCCUAUACAUGUAAUGAAUGUGGAAAAGACUUUAGAUUGAAUUCCCAUCUUAUUCAGCAUCAAAGAAUUCACACAGGAGAGAAACCACAUGAAUGUAAUGAAUGUGGAAAAGCUUUCAGUCAAACCUCAUGCCUUAUUCAGCAUCACAAAAUUCAUAGGAAAGAGAAAUCCUAUGAGUGUAAUGAUUAUCAGGAUAAUUUCAACCAUAGCUCAGAUCUUGUCCUGCAACAGGAAGUCCUCACCAGAGAAAAAGCCUUUGAUUGUGAUGUGUGGGAAAAGAACCUCAGUCAGAGAGCACACCUCGUCCACCAUCAAGGAAUUCAUACCAAAGAGAAACCUUGUGAAUGUAAUGAACGUGGGGAGACAUUUAGUCAAGUUCAGGCCUCAUUCAGCAUCUGAGAGUUCACACCAGUUCAUGUGUGUCCUGAAUGUGGUAAAGGAUUUGGUCCCAGCUCAACCUUUGUUCAUCAUUGGGGAAUUCACACCAGAGAGAAGCCUUCUGAAUGUGACGAACGUUGGAAAGCUAUUAGUCCGUGUUAAACUCUUUACACCUGCGAACCCAUAUCAAUGAGAAAACCUACAAAUACAUUGAAGGUGGUAGAUGCUUCAUGCUAUUUUCAUACCUUAGUCACCAUUGGAGAAUUCAUACUGGAAUAAAAUUCUAUAAAUGUGAUGCAUGUGAGAAUAUCUUCCAUCAGAGCUCAGCCCUUUCUAGACAUCAGAGAAUUCAUACUAGAGAGAAACUCUACAUAUGUAAAGAAUGUGAAAAAUCUUUCAGUCAGAAUUCAAGUCUUAGUCGACAUAAAAGAAUACACGCUAGAGAGAAACCCUAUAAACGUGAAAAAGCCUUCAGUCAAAGAAACUACAUGGUGAGCAUCAAAUUCAUUUCAUGCCGAAUACCUAUGAAUGUAAUAAAUGUGUAUGUGUGGGAGGAUUCAGCCAUAUGCCAACCCUCAUUCAGCAAAGAAUUCAUACCCAAGAGAAGUCAUUUGGGUAUAUAGUAAAUGACAAGUCUAGGAGUUCAAGUCUUUUUUCAUCAUCAGAAUAUCCACACCAGACAGGAAUUUGAUAUAAUGCAAGUGGAAACAUUUAGCACCGUAUUUCAGGCUUUAUUCAACAUCAAAAUAUUGAAGGGAAAAUUAUUAUUUGCAUAUGAAAUCGUUAAUAUAUAGUCCCAGUCUUUUUCAUUGCAGAAGAAUCUAGUCAGAGGAGUGACUUGGUGAAUGCAGUUCUGUUUUCUCGUGGCAUUCUUUUAUUUAAUAGAUGUUAUAAGUAGGUAUGUAUGCUUUAUUUAUGGAACUCAUUUAAGCUAUUUUUAUUUUUAUUUUUAUUUUUUUUUGUGGUACGCGGGCCUCUCACUGUUGUGGCCUCUCCCGUUGUGGAGCACAGGCUCCGGACGCACAGGCUCAGCAGCCAUGGCUCAUGGGCCCAGCCGCUCUGCGGCAUGUGGGAUCUUCCCGGACUGGGGCACGAACCCGUAUCCCCUGCAUCGGCAGGCGGACUCUCAACCACUGUGCCACCAGGGAAGCCCCUAAGCUAUUUUUAUUUUAAUGUGGCCUAUAAACAUUUUUAUUUUUCCUGAAGUUGGUUCUUAUUGUUCACAGCUUCCCUAAGAUAAAUUGAUACACCAAUGUUAAAACAUGUCAACUUCUGGAAAGUUUCUCAUUUAGCUUUUUCUACUGUUCUCAGUCAAAGUUCUCUCCAAAACAGACUCUUAGGCCUGCUGUUUUCUGAGGACCCUAUUUCUUUCCAGCCGUAACAUUUGGAUUCCUGUUGAUUUCUCCAUUCUCUUAAGCACCUUCAAUGAUGGUUUCCUAGUUUUAAGCUUUACACCAGCAGGUAUGCCACCCCUACUUGCCUUUUUGGUGUCUUCUGUCCUAAUGCAAAUUAUCUUCCUUUAAAAGAAAUGGAUUUACACACCCUGUCCAUCCAUGACUAUGAAGGAUUCUGUUUCCCCUGAGUUUGUGGCAGGCAGCUAAACAUUUUCAAGUGACACCCAAAUUCUUAGCUGUGUUAGCAUUCACAGCCUUCUAAAAGAGAUGAAAAAGACCUUAGGAAGCCAACAAGACUGGUGGUAGCCUAGCUAUAUUCAGCGCCUAUUCUGCAUGUCUAAGUUCAGAAUUAUUUUAUAUAUGUCCAUUGAAGGCCAGCAGAAUGCUCAGGUCUGCUUUUGAUAGGGUAAAACGUAAAGAACAUAUACUAAAAUCAGAGAUGUUCGUAAGGGAAUGCUGCCUUCCAUCAAAGGUAUUGCUGUUCUUGUGUAAUAUCUUUAUAGUAUAUUUCAAGAAUGGCAGAUAUGCCUGUAAAAUCUAACCAUUACAGUUUUUCAUUACCCGCUUUUAAUUGUUUACACAUCAUCAUAUUUUUUGUAUUUUACUAGAGUCUACAGGCCAUAUAAAAUAACAUUUUUUUUUGAUUGAUGAAACUGAGCACAGAUGUUGGCUCCAGAGUUCAGUGUCACUGUCAUAACACCUAGCAAGAGUUCAUGAUUCUUUAGAUGAUGUCAAAGCAUUCUAUUGCAUUUUUCCAUCUUAAGCGUCAACAUAUUUUGUGAAUAAGACAGUGUUAUUUAAAAUUCUAGUCGUCGUUCCGGCGAUUGAGGCUUUCAUAAUUCAUAUGUUAAAAUAUUCUCUAGGGAUCCUUAACAAAUAUAUAAAAAUUCAUUGCUUACUCUGUAAGCCUCUUAUGGCUAAUAACCUCUAGGGUAGUUCUACCACAGUAUUUUACCUCUUAGCCAUCAGCAAGCAUAGGAUCUCAUCAGGGCACGGUAGGGACCUAAAUGAAUGAUCUAAAUGUAAAAGCAUAUGAAAAAUGCAUGUUUUCGUUUUCCUGUCUAUGACCAUAUAUACCCUACGGAUAGAGAACACGGGUAAUCACCUCCAGUGAUUAUGAAACAGAGGAUUAAGUAAUCUCUAAAUAGCAGAAAAUGUAAAAAUCACAUGUAUGCAUUUGGUUUAGGAAUGUGCUUUUGUACUUCCACUUGAAUAAAGGUGUGUUUGGUACUCUGAGAAUCUGUUUCAAAUAAAAUCUGAAGUCCUCAGCCAGAAGCAUUUGGGAAUCUUAGAAUCACCUUCCUGGCUGCAACUCAGUUCCUUCUAGAAACCUGCUUUACAGCGGGAAUAAAUCACUCUCCUUCGUACAGGUACAAAGCUUGCUCUUCCACAGACCUCUGCAAUAAAGUCAGUGUUUACAAUUUAAAGGGUUAUUCGGUUGGGAUGCUGUUGGCACAUUAAGGGUAAAUAGUUUGAGGUUUCAGUAGAGCUGGGCAGAAUGUGUUUUUUAAAUAAAACACAUUUUAAAAAAUGAGAAACCAAAAUAAUCCUUGAGGGCAAGUAACUUGUCUCUUUAAACUUGCUGAUAUUUAAUCGGUCCAGUAUAGUUUGUGUUCUUAGUCUUUUUAGCCUUGAAGACAGGGGAGGGAAGAGAAGAAAUCUAAUAGUUGGAACACCUAAUUUUAUCUAUCUAUCCACCUACCUACGUACACAGGUAUAUAUAUAUGCACAUAUUCAAACAGUCCUCACAACAACUCUGCAAGGGAACCAGCUCCGUUUUACAGAGGAACUGAGGUGUAGAGAGGUUGAAAAACCUGUAGGGUCACACAGUAAGCUCAAAGUCAGGGCUGUUUGACUCCACAGCUUUCCAUCAUCGUGAUGUUGGUAUCGGACACAUCCCAGAACCUAGAGAAGAGACGUUUUCUUUGAUAGUUCUUUGUUCCCUGUUACACACCCAGUGAUUCACCAUUAGUUUGCAGCUGAUCCUAAAUGCUCCCAGAGCUCUCUGGGAAGCUGGGAGAAAAUAUCCCAGUAUCUUUUGGGAGCUAGUUAGAACCCCCCUGCCCCACCCUUUGAAACAGGCUUGACAAUUUUGACGACAGGCUACAGGUCAAAUCUCCUGAAUUCCCAUCUUCUGCCAAGACACCACCACUGCCAUCACUAGAUUUAUAUUUCCAUUUCUCAAUGACCCACAUGCAUUCUUAAUUUUUCUGCCAACUAGGACUUACUAAUGGAUACAUAUUCUUACCAAGGUUUACUAUCACCUCUGACUAUAUUAUAGUGGUGGAGCAGAGUGGGGAAUGGGAAAAUCAAGUUUGGUUCCUAGGUUUUCGGCUUGAGCAAGAGUGGAUCGGUAGACUAGAGAUGGAGAGUGCUGAGAGUGGAGCAGGGAGAGUAUUUUGGGCAAAAGAGAGCAUGUCAGAAGGCCUGCAGAGGAAAGAGUAUGGCAUUUUCAAGUCAGUAAUAAAUGAGCUCUUUGGAGAAUGCUUCACCUUAGGAAAUAGUACGUGGGUAACUGAGGAUUUGAGAACAAAGUUCAAAGGAAGCCCAUAGGGUGUUGUCUCAGAAACGAUGGAAUUUCUCACAUCCAAGUAUGUAACAUCUUAUGUCCUUUCAUUCAUUCAGUAAUACAGUUGGCAGGCAAUAUUUAGUGGAAGCCGGUGGAUACAGUUAACCUAAUCAAAUGCAUUAAACAAUCCAUUGAGUAAAGAAGACGAAUGAGUCAAAGCGAUGACUUUGGAAUGAGACAUAUGUUUGAAUUUUACUAGCUAUAUGACUUUGGACAUUUUACUUAAUUAGCCUUUCUAGUUUUCUUGUGUAUACAGUGUGGUUGUUAAUAGCAUGAAAAUUAAGUGAGGUAAUGUAAAAGCUACUGGUCAUAUACUAAAUGCCCAGAAGUUUUUAAUGUAAAUACUAAUAUAAAAAACGCUACAACGGAGGAGAGAUACUUAGCAUAAAAUCUAAAAAAGAGGAAAUCAACGAGCAAGCGUUUACCAGUACAGGACUAGCAUUGUUCAGGGAGGGACACCCUGAGCUAGGAGAACUUAAAAUAUGACUAGAGAAAUCACUAGGCAUUUGUGGUCUGUGUGGUAGGAACUGCCUCCUGACAGGCACUUCCUGCUGGAGUUGGCAAACUGACACGCCUCUAACAUUCGUUAUCAUGCGGCAUCAAGUCUUAACACUCCCUUCAAAAUAUGAGUGCAUGAAGGAACCGAUGUUAAAUCCAAGACUUAAGAAUGGUUUCAAAUAGAUGGUGCUCUGUACAAAUCAACAAGAAAAUACUGAUUUUGGAAUUAUUUUGCUGCCUCAUCCCACUCUCUUUAAGAAAAUGGUUACCCUUUUAUAUUUGUAUUUCAUCCAUGUUAAUAAAUUUACAACUUGGACGUAAUUACGAACGUCUUUCCCGCAGUCGCUUAUGUCCCGCAGACAGCAUUUCCCCCGUCUUCCUCCACUGUCUCUCCGGAGUGUGGUUAGCCUCCAGGCCCUGGUUUGAACGGGCCAGGGUUGAAAUCCUGCCUCUAGAUUGCUCACUAGCUGUGCAGCUUCUGGUGUGUAAGAUAGUAAAAAGUAUAAACUUUGUGGGAUUGUUGUGAGGGUUAAUGAGAUAAUGUUCAGUUUCAGUGCCCCAUAACUGGUAGCUGUUAUGUUUGAGUUUAGCAGGAAAAUCCUCUAUCAUGAACAGCUCGUUUCCUUAUCCUUUUUUCCUGCUUCAGCAUAUCAGAUACGCCUCUGCAAACCUGUACUCCAGGUGCAGUAGUUGUUUGGAUCUUGAUCCUAUCUCUACGGCUUUUCUUCCUCUUUCAGCCCUUUGGUACCAGUACGUUCCUCCUCUUUGUUUAUAUGCUCCAGGCAUAACUGGGAGGCUGAGUUGAAGCGACAAAGGGAGAGGAGGACAGGCUGGACAGAGGGCGUAGAUAACAGGUUUUGGCCCAGCAGGGUCAGCGUGGCCUGUGAUCUUGAAGAAGGCAUGUGGAGAUGGGUGGAGCAGAGCGGAGGAGGCAAAUGGGGUGCACACGGGACACUGGGGAUGAGAAAGAAGAGACAACCAAUUUAGAUCCUAAGUCCACUUGGGCGAUGGAGGGCAAAUAGAGAAAUCUUUUCUGUCCUCCUUCAAUCCCU